UCGGCCGAAAACCUAGAAGACGAUUGUCUGAUAGCGUUGACAGCUUUCUCUUCUACGACGACCACCGCCCAAUCUUCUGCUUUGAUCUGUCGGAAAACGAUGAAACGUGCUUCAACAUUGUUCAGGAUUUCGUCUAGCCUUUUGAGUGUCAGAUCUUACAAUUCCCUUUCCAGCAGAAAAUCAUUGAGCGAAACCCUAUUAUCAAUCAAUCAUGGUGCUAUGACGAAAACGAUGAGUAAUGGAUACUAUCAAGGUAUCCGCGAGAAUAAGGAUCCUUGUCUGGAGGCUUGGGACCUCAAAGACCCUCAUUCUCCAAGGAUGAUUCCCAUGCCUCCUUUGUCUUUUGAUAACACCAACUACCCCAUUGCCUACAGAUCAGAGCAAGAGCACAAACAAAAAGAUCAUCGCGCAAUAUGGGACGCCAUAUUACUUGCUGUUGCCGAGCCAACGGGCCAGCUUUUUCAUGUGAGACGGUUUACCAAGGACUGGGUUGGGCCCGAUGGCUACUACACCAAGGAUGAGUAUUAUGGGCCAAAGAUAGGGAUCUACACGGAUCCUCCGUACACCACACUUGGUUUCGAUGUUCACAGGUACGACCCGGAGAGUGGCUCCCUGGUUUACAUGGACCGCUCUCUGGAUGGGCUGGCCCUUUUCAUUGGCUCUAAUAAUGGGUUUGGGCUCCCAGCUGCCGACUUCCCUGAGCUGAAGCCCGAUUCUAUUUACUACACAGAACCCCCGAUGUGGCGCUAUGGUUGCCAUCAUGUUGACGAUUAUAAUUAUGAUGCUGGCAUCUUCAAUUACAGAGAUGAGAGUUUUGCGCCCUGCUUCUAUCCUGUUGAUGUGCAGAGCAGUGUAAGGGUUAGUGGACCAAAGUGGUUCACCCCUACCCCGCUCGUUAGAUUCCCGUUUCUCGUGCAGAAUGAUGACAGCACAUUGUCGUAUGGAUCCUCUUGUUCCAGUAUCCCACCCACCAAAUCCCACUCCCAAAACUUGAGUAGGAUGAUUAAUGCUAAUGUGCCGAAAACCAAAAAGAGGUCAUCUUCCACGUCGCCUUGGCUGAUGCUGCCACCUGUUUUCGGAGGCAAUAACAAGUUAGACAUGCUUUACCAGUUUUACAGCCUGGGAACCGACCACAUCGAGGCUUGGGACCUCCAUGACCCACUUUCCCCCAAAAUGGUUCCCCUGCCACCUGUGACUGUGGACGAAGACAAUUACCCGGUUGCAUCCCACUCGGAGUUAGAGUCGGAACUCAAGCAUCUAUGCGGAUACGAUGCCGUGUUCCUCGUGCUCUCCGAGCAUACAGAGGAGCUUUUUCAAGUGCGGCAAUACGUGUUGCACCGAAUGGGACCUGAUGGCUCAUUUGCCGAUGAUGUCUAUUACGAGGGGAAUUCUGAUUCUGAUGAAAGCCCGCACAAGACGGUUGGGUUUGAUGUUCACAAGUAUGACCCAAAGACGGGAAAAAUGGUUUAUAUGGAUCGUAGCUUGGGUGGGUUGGCACUAUUCGUAGGCCCCCAGGAAGGCUUUGCUCUGCCUGCUGACGAGUACCAAGGCUUGAAGCCCAACUCCAUUUACUACACCGACAUGUAUUAUUCAGAUUACGAGAAUCGGUAUGGAGGCCAUGACAUCGGCAUAUUCAACUAUGAAAACGAGACUUUCUCGCCAUGCUAUUAUCCAUGUGACUUGAAGAGCAUGAUGACCAAGAUUGUGCCCAAUCCUAUUUGGUUUAGGCCAUCCCCUUACGAGGAGCAGCAGCACUCAACAUGGCUUCGAAAUCCUACGCUGUUGAGUACGAUGAUUAAUGCUAAUGUGCCGAAAACCAAAAGGUCACCUUCCACGCCUUGGCUGAUGCUGCCACCUGUUUUCCAAGGCGAUAACAAGAAUAAAAAUUUAGAUAUGUUUUACGAGUUUUACAGCCUGGGACGAGGAGCAGCAGCACUCAACAUGGCUGCGAAGUCCUGCAAUGGUUUGAUUUUCAAUUCAUUGACUCGAUAUGGGCGUAAGUUGAGUACGAUGAUUAAUGCUAAUGUGCCGAAAACCAAAAGGUCACCUUCCACGUCGCCUUGGCUGAUGCUGCCACCUGUUUUCCAAGACAAUAACAGGAAGAAAAAGUUAGAUAUGUUUUACGAGUUUUACAGCCUGGGGUUGGACAAAGUAUUAAGGCCAUCUGGUAGAACCGACCACAUCGAGGCUUGGGACCUCCGUGACCCACUUUCCCCCAAAAUGGUUCCCCUGCCUCCUGUGACUGUGGACGAAGACAAUUACCCGGUUGCAUCCCACUCGGAGUUAGAGUCGGAUCUCAAGGGUCUAUGCGGAUACGAUGCCGUGUUCCUCGUGCUUUCCGAGCAUACGGAUGAGCUUUUCCAAGUGCGGCAGUACGUGCUGCAACAUGUGGGACCUGAUGGCUCAUUUUUCGAUAAUGUCUAUAACGAGGGGGAUUUUGAUGAAAGCGUGCCGCACAAGACAGUUGGGUUUGAUGUUCACAAGUAUGAACCAAAGACGGGAAAAAUGGUUUAUAUGGAUCGUAACUUGGGUGGGCUUGCACUAUUCGUAGGCCCCCAUGAAGGCUUUGCUCUCCCUGCUCACGAGUACCACGGGUUGAAGCCCAACUCCAUUUACUACACCGACAUGUAUAAUUCACGUUACGAGCAUCGGUAUGGAGGCCAUGACAUCGGCAUAUUCAACUAUGAAAACGAGACUUUCUCGCCAUGCUAUUAUCCAUGUGACUUGAAGAGCAUGAUGACCAAGAUUGCGCCCAAUCCUAUUUGGUUUAGGCCAUCCCCUUGUGCAUUCAUUUAG